CUCAAAGUGCUUCUGUUCUUACCUUAGCAGGCGUGUCCAGUCGGUAUGCAUUGAGGACAGAUGCUCUGACCCAUGGCCACUCCUUUAUGGAGUUCCCCAGGGUUCAGUUCUUGCCCCGUCCUCUUUAAUAUCUAUAUGAAGCCGCUGGGUCAGGUCAUUUCCCAGUUUGGGGUGAGAUUUCACCAAUACGCUGAUGAUACUCAGCUGUAUAUUGCUAUCCCAGACCAUUCUGGAGAUGCUGUUUCUGUGUUUACUCGAUGCCUGGAAGCUGUUAAGGUCUGGAUGAAUCAAAAUAAGCCCAGACUGAAUCCCACCAAGACUGAACUACUUUUACUCAGCCCUCGUAGCGGCCAACAGCUGGAUGUGAACCUUGUUUUAGAUGGGGUGGUGCUGCCCCCAAAGGAGCUUGUACGUGACUUGGGGGUCCUUUUGGAUUCGCACCUCCUGCUUGAACAGCAGGUGGAGGCUGCGCCCAGAAGUGCUUUUGCCAGCUUCAUCUGGUUCACCAAUUAUGCCCUUAUCUUAAUCACUAAUUACAGUGAUCUUAAGCACUAAUGACAGUGACGCAUGCCCUUGUUAUCUCCCGCUUAGAUUAUUGUAACUUUAUCUAGGGUUACCUUUGAAGAUGAUCAGGAAUGCAGCAGCUCGCCUACAGAACGCAGUCCAGAAUGCAGCAGCUCGCUUACUUAUGGGUGCCAGGAAAUAUGACAGGGUAACACCCCUCCUGCAGUUGCUGCACUGGUUACCCAUCUGCUUCUGAAUUCAAUUUAAAGUCCUGGUUCUUACAUUCAAAACCUUGCAGGGCUUGGCGCCUGUUUACCUACAGAACUGCCUCCCCACCCAGGUGGCAAAAGUCCAUGGGGACAUCUUCACUUUGUGGUUUGGUCCCAACCCUGUCAUUAUAUUGAAUGGAUUUAAAGCAGUGAAGGAUGGUCUCACCACCCACCCUGAAGAUAUUGCAGGACGGCCGGUGACUCCUGUUUUCAAAGCUAUGGCAAAUAAUAAAGGAAUUUUGCUGGCAACGGGCAGGACGUGGAAACAUCAGAGACGAUUUUCCCUGAUGACUCUGAAGUCGCUGGGCUUGGGGAGGAGAACCUUGGAGCACCAGAUCCAAGAGGAAGCUCACUACCUAGUGGAGAUCUUUAGGGACAUGAAAGGAAAGCCCAUGAAUCCUUCUUACCACCUCACUCUCGCCGUUUCAAAUGUGAUUUGUCUUGUGGUCUUUGGACACCGGUUCUCUACUGACGAUGAAACCUUUCACGAGCUAUUGGAAGCCAUGGAGUGCAUAUUCAAAUUUGGAGGUAGUCUCAGACACUAUCUCUAUGAUCUUCUCCCUUGGCUUAUGAACCGUCUCCCGGGAGAACACAAGAAGAUGUUGUCUAGCUGUGAGUUUGUGCAUCAGUUCAUAAGGAAGGAGAUCAGCAGCCACCAGGCCACCAAAAUGUCAGAUGACCAGGAUGACUUCAUUUACCAUUACCUUGCUCAAAUACAGAAAUUCAAAAACCAGCCUAAACCAGCCUAUGAUGAACAAAAUAUGAUCCAGAGUAUAUUUGACCUCUUCCUCGGUGGAACAGAGACAUCCAGCACAACUCUCUGUUGGGCAUUGCUCUAUAUGGUGCUUUACCCAGACAUCCAAGCAAAAGUCCAAAAGGAGAUGGAUGCAGUGGUGGCUUCCGGCCAAAUGAUCUGCUAUGAGGACCGCAAAAAUCUGCCCUACACAAAUGCCGUGAUUCAUGAGGCCCAGCGCUUCAGCAACAUCAUCGCAAUUGGGAUACCCAGGUUGUGCGUGAAGGACACCAUGAUCCGUCAGUUUCCCCUUAAAAAGGACACAAUUAUUUUCCCCAGCAUUGCUUCAGCCUUGUACGACCCCAAUGAAUGGGAGACACCACGACAGUUCAACCCAAGCCACUUCCUUGACAAGGAUGGGAAUUUUUUCUGCCCAGAAGCUUUCAUACCAUUUUCUGCAGGGCAACGGAUAUGUUUAGGGGAACGUUUGGCAAAGACAGAGAUGUUCCUUUUCUUCUCAAACCUCCUGCAUGAGUUCACACUCCAUAUGGCAGAAGGAACAAAAGACGUAAACACGGAGCCUGUUUGGGGAGGAACGCUGCAACCUCACUACUAUGAGCUCUGCGCUAUUUCUCGAUAGGUCUUGUAUGUAUAUGUGUAGGUAUUUAGCAUGUGGAGGAAUCUGUCCUUUGCCUUCAUGAAAAGCGGUGAUAGUAUGCCCCUUUUGCAUCCCCUUUCAUAUUUCUAGAAUGGAUGGGCAUAAAAUUAUGAAAUCUGUCUUGCCCGUUGCAUAAGCUUUCAAUAAAAGUGAAAGUGUUUUAAUAUUUCUGUUUGUGGUUGGAAAGGAUUUCUCACUUUCCCUUCUAGCCACUGAGGGAUUAAAAGGUGUGAAUUCCUUUUAAUAGGUCUGCCUGUUCCUGCAAUCUGAAAGCAAAAAAUUAAUAUAAAAUCAAAGGAAUGUCCUCCCCCCUCCACAUGGGGAUGGAAUGAUGGUUCAAGGAGGGGCUUCAGAUCCAGAACUUUUUUUGUAAAGUUCUGGCUUGAAACAAGCCCUUUCAGCAUUUUAAAGAAAAUUUUCAAAAAUUCAUAAAAAAAAAUAAGGGAGUUGUCCUAUAGCUUUGAAAAAAAAAAUUACACAGAGUCGUGCUAAUGUGGACUUCAUGUGCGCCAUGAAAGUUUGGGAAAAGGCAGGCAGAUCUGGUAUCCAUCUGAUGUAUACAGGCGUCAGGAAACCAUAGUACUGGACUAUCACAAUUACUAGACUCCGCUCAUAACACUUACACCCUCAACAGAUCUGUACAAUGAAACUGUUGCAGGUUUUACCUCUGACAUGCACGGGAGAGGACAUAACAUAGCAUGGAAGUAGAAAUGCUGAUGAAAUUUGCUAGUCUUGCGCCUGGAAAUGGGUUUCAUGCACUUCUAAUAGUCUCUGGAUCAAAUGGGCUCUGGACAAUGGUCUCUGAAAGCUGGGGAAGAAUUCCUGCUUAACCUCUCAUCUCCCCCCCACCCACCAUCCCCUCAGUCCCUGAAACCCCUUUGGGUCAAAAACAUACCUGUUUGCUGUGACAGCGGUGGUAGUGCUUCAACCAGGGGCGUCACUGAAGUUGAACCACUGGAGGAGGGAGGACAAAUGUCCCUGGGCCAUGGGUUGUGUGUGUGUGUCUGCGGGUGAGUGACAGCUUCCUCCUUGUGCCUCUCCGAAGAAGAAGGUGAGGAGGCAGGAGCCAUCUUCAGUUGUUGUUUUUUUUGCUUCAGCCAUGGUCCUCUCUCUUCCUUCCCCAAAGUACUCCUUAUUUACACUGUGGGGAAUGGCCCUUAGGAAAAGUUUCUUUUCUUCAUGCCAAGGCCUAGGUUUGGAUGUGGGAGAGUGUAGAGUGCCUAUAAAUGCAGUUGAAGUGAGAGUUUUCCUCACGGCUUCAUGAGAGGGGGGCUAAUCUUGUGGUAGCAAGCAUGAGUUAUCCCUUUUGCUAAGCAGGGUCUGCCUUGGUUUGCAUUUGAAUGGGAGACUACAUGUGAGAGCACUGUAAGAUAUCCCCCUUAGGGGAUGGGGUUGCUCUGGGAAGAGCAUCUGCCUGCUUGCCCGUUCCAAGUUCCCUCCCUGGCAGCAUCUCCAAGAUAGGGCUGAGAGAGACUCCUGCCUGUAAUCUUAGAGAAGCUGCUGCCAGUCUGGGUAGAUAAUACUGAGCUAGAUGGACCAAGGGUCUGACUCAGAAUAAGGCAGCUUCCUGUUCUCCUAUGGGAGACAUGAAAACUUCCUGUUCCCAAUACAGACUGUUCUAGCAAUAUGGGUAUUCGACUUCGUAAGCACCAUAUUCGACUUUCUAUCUGUUAAAGAAACACUGCAUGUUUGAAAAAGUCCCAAAAUUCUAUGCAUUUCUAAUUUAAGAAGCCACCAGGUUGGUUCAAAUGAUACUUUCACUGGACUGCCCUAUAUUUUAGUGCUGCUCUGUUGUUUUAGUACCUACUCCAUUUAAUGCAAUUGUUCAAAGCCUAACUGGUGCUAGCUUUCACUGCCCUUUAAUGGGUAACAGACCCCAUCAAUCCUUCUUUAUGCCAAGGAUGCAGUUCUUCCUUCUUGCACUGUUACUGGUUUAAAGCAACUCCUAAGGAUUCUUGCUUCCUACUGCAAUAACUGUCGGUUACAAUAAGACCAAAGUCAUGGAGGAUGUUCUCAUGCACACCCUAACCCAGGCUAGGGAAGUCCAGCCUGGGUUAGGCUAUGUGUGAAGACCGCCAGGCCUGGAUUGGGCCCGAUCCAGAAGAGGCAGCACCAUGUAGUCCCGCUUUGAAACCUGGCUCUUAGCCGGGGUUAAGGGCUCAAGUGAGCCCUUAAACCAGGCUCCGGGAUAGUGUGUUCACUGUGGCUACAUUCAGCUCCAGCAGACACAGAGACCUAGAGCACCUGUCUCCUGGGGGAAUACCCCAAUGCACUGUGCAUUUCGCGUGGUGCAAUGUGGGACAUCCAGAGGCCAGGAUGUGUCGUCCUGGCCUCUGGAGCUCCGCGCUGCGCCACGCAGCAUGGAUCAUCUGGGAGCAUGCUCUGCGCUCUCAGAGAGGUCAAGCACUCAUCUGGGGCAAAGGUGAGCUCAACCAGCCUUCUCCCCACCACCUUCCUGCCACCAGGGCCUUGCAGAGUGCAUUUGUGCAUGCGCAGCGGCUGCCAAAAUGGCAGCCGCUCGCUUGUACGGUGGCCUGAAAGGGCCAAAAAGGCUUUGCUUACCCAGCCGCAGUGGUGAUGAGGAAGGCCAGCAGGGGGAGAGGGAAACUGCAUGGACCCCCCCUCCCCCCGCGUCUACAGCAAGCCCCCCGAAGGGGCUACAGGUACUUGUUUUAUGUUGUAAUUUUUAAAAAAAAAAGUUCGCGGACCUGCCGGACCGGACCCGGUGGUCCGGUUCCGGUCUGACGGAACCGGGGGUGGUGGUUCGGUUUGAUCACAAACCCACAAACCCCCAGACCGAACCACUGGACCGCGGACCGCCAGACUGGCUCUGCACAUACCUAAUAUAGAAUUGCAGCCACACUUCACUCUGGUUUCUAAAUAUCCCAUUUUUGAGGGCAUUAGAAAUCCAUUUGCCCCUGCCAGAUGCUUGACUAACUUGACAAUCUCAAAAUUCCAGAAGGUGUUUCCUUUAGCCAGGUUUAACGUGCUGCCAUCUGCUCUGCCGGAGGGGUGAUAUUAGGGGGCUCCACAGCAGGAGCGCUAUGCCCCUGUGGCUAGGGGGCUGUGGAGACUGUGGGACAUGUUCUUUCAUUUUGUCACUUUUAUUGUGAUAUUCGGUAUGAUUUUAUCAUACCCGUUUUACAAAAUAUCCUAGGUAAGUCAAACAGAUUUAAUACUUGUUUUCUUCUGGCUGAUCAGAACCCCCAGGUUUCCAAAAAGGUGGCCAGGUUUUGUGCAGCUGCUUGUGCUAACCCCUGCUCAAUUGGCAAAGAGGCACUUCUUAAAUGUGGUGAUUCUCUUUUAUUUAGCAGAGGGAGAGCUACUGGCCCUAUCCAUCCCCAGCACAAUACCUCCAGUGACUGUUGCUGGUGUCAGUCUUAUGUUUCUUUUUAGAUUGUGAGCCCUUUGGGGACAGGGAGCCAUCUUAUUUAUUAUUUCUCUAUGUAAACCAUUUUGGAAAUAAUAUAUAAAUUUUUUUUUUUGUUCUUCCUUGUAGCAAAAUCAACAGAUAAAGGUCUUGCUGAAACAUGUCCUGCUAUUAAUAAAGUUUAUCCCCCGAGGCA